AUGACGAGCGACAACAAGUUCUUUUUUGACUACCUCUCGUCUAUCUCCAAUGACGUAAGGCGGUAUUCUCUCGACGUCGCAGACUCGAUCGACCGCCAAGUCGACUAUGCCGCGCACGCGAUCAAAGAUACGGUGGCCCAGCAGUCAUGGAUACCAGCCACUAUUCGUCCGGGUCGUGCUCCCCCAAGAGUGCGAUCGCAAGGCAUGACGGACCGAGUGGAAAGCUGGAUGACUCGGAAUCGCGCAUGGACGGCGGCUAUCCUCGCAUUUAUCGGGACCGGCGUUGUCUUAUACUAUGGAAACAAAAAGUUGCACGGAAAACGGAGAAAGGCUAGGAGGGCGGCCAGCGGCGCGAGGAAAGAGAUUGUUGUGGUUGCCGGAUCGCCGCACGAACCGAUGACAAGGGCUAUUGCCAUGGAUUUGGAACGUCGAGGAUAUAUUGUAUAUGUGACUGUGUCUUCCGCGGAUGAAGAGCAUAUCGUCAAGUCUGAGAACCGUGUGGACAUCAAGGCUCUCUGGUUGGACCUUACAACUACAUCAUCCUCGCCGGCCGAAAUCCAUCCUUCGUUGCAAGAGAUUCGCUCCUUGAUCAGUCAGCCACAGUCACCCAUCGCCGGAGUGCCCCCGCACACCUGCCAACUGAGUGGCCUUAUCGUGGUCCCAUCGACCAACUAUAGUGCAGGCCCUGUCGCAACCAUCCCGCCGUCAUCGUGGGCUGACACGGUCAACACCCGUCUGCUCUCGCCUAUUCUCACAGUGCAGGCAUUCCUCCCCUUGCUGACCCUCCGCAGCAAUAGCAGCACUAUUGUCUUUGCCUACCCCUCCAUAUCAUCCUCGCUUUCCGCGCCGUUUGCCGGACCUGAAGUCGCCACAACCCGAGCAAUCUCAGGCUUCGCGGCCUCGCUUCGUCAGGAACUCCGUCUCCUCGAACAAGGCAAUGUGGAUGUCGUCGAGCUGCAGCUGGGCAAUAUUGACCUAGGACCUACAUACCGACAUGGCCAGAGUCAGAUAGCAGGCACAGAAGUCCUUGCGUGGAAUACCCAGCAGCGAGCCCUCUAUGCCUCACAGUAUCUGUCCAGCGUUGAGCAACGCCCAGUUGCCUCUGCUGGUCCCAGCACCAUACGCGGAUCACCGGCGCGGAAACUCCAUCACGCUAUUUUGGAUGCUUUGGAGCCCACCUCGCGGGAUAUCUUCGGCCGUAAAGUGACCAAGAAAUCUGUCAUGUAUGUGGGCCGGGGAGCUCGGUCAUACGGCCUGAUUGGGGCCUGGGUUCCCAGUGGACUCGUGGCGCUGAUGAUGGGGUACCGCAGUGGGAAUGGGAUUAACCCCGAGAGCCCGAGUGGCAGCGGCAGUGAAACCAGCUGGGAGAGAGUCUAG